AAAUCUUGGUUCAACUCCUUCAAUACCAUAUCCAAGAUGUUCCAUCUUUGCAUUUAUUGCGAUUCUUUCUCAACUACAAUUCGAAUUGGAAUAGUUUUAUUACUUCAAUCAAAUCUUUUUUUCUUUUAAAAAAAGAAAAUAAAAGACUAUUUCGAUUCCUAUAUAACUCUUAUGUAUCAGAAUAUGAGUUUUUUUUGUUGUUUCUUCGUAAACAAUCUUCUUGCUUACCAUUAGCAUCUUCUGGAGGAUUUUUGGAACGAAUCCACUUUUCUAGGAAGAUGGAACAUUUUGGGAUAAUGGACCCUGGUUUUUUUCGGAAAACCUUAUGGUUCUUUAUGGAUCCUCUUAUGCAUUAUGUUCGAUAUCAAGGAAAGGCAAUUCUUGCAUCAAAAGGAACUCUUUUUUUGAAAAAGAAAUGGAAAUGGUACCUUGUCAAUUUCUGCCAAUAUUCUUUUUCUUUUUGGACUCAACCGCGAAGGAUCCAUCUAAACCAAUUGGCAAACUCUUGCUUCGAUUUUUUGGGGUACCUUUCAAGUGUACCAAAAGGUCCUUUGUUAGUAAGGAAUCAAAUGCUGGAGAAUUCUUUUCUAAUAGAUACUCGAAUGAUAAAAUUCGAUACCAUAGUCCCCGCUACUCUCCUCAUAGGAUCUUUAUCAAAAGCUCAAUUUUGUACUAGAUCGGGGCAUCCUAUUAGUAAACCCAUUUGGACAGAGUUAUCUGAUUGGGAUAUUCUUGAUCGAUUUGGUCAGAUAUGUAAAAAUCUUUUUCAUUAUCAUAGUGGAUCUUCCAAAAAACGGACUUUGUAUCGACUAAAGUAUAUACUUUGACUUUCAUGCGCUAGAACUUUAGCUCGUAAACAUAAAAGCACGGUACAAACUUUUAUGCAACGAUUGGGCUCGGUAUUUUUAGAAGAAUUUUUUACGGAAGAAGACCAAGUUUUUUCUUUGAUGUUCACCAAAACAACCCUUUUUUUAUUUCCGUGGAUCGCAUAGUGAGCGUAUUUGGUAUUUGGAUAUUAUCCGUAUCAACGGCCUGGUGAAUCCUCGUAAUUAAUUAUUAGACAAAACUAAUAAACAGGAAAGGGUCGAUGAAUGAUCAAGAUAAAACUUUCAUAUUUUUGCAUUCUGAAAUGUUCUUCAUAAUUUUAGUAUAACUCUUUGUAAUAGAAAUGAGCCAUUUCCACAUAGGGAAAGUCGUGUGCAAUGAAAAAUGCAAGCACGGUUUGGGGAGGGAUUUUUCUCUAUUGUAACAAGGAAGAAUUAUCUAGU